AUGUUCCUUGGAUUGUACUAUUUGAUAUUAGAAUUUUUUAAGUCAGGAUCAGAACUUUAUGAUUUGGUUAAAACUAUCAUAAUAAUGAUUCUUUUUGUUCUUCUGGCAUAUAAAAUGAGGCCAGAAAAACUUAAAGUUAGAGAUGCUUCUCCAAUUCCAAAGGUAGAACUUUAAAUGUCAAUUAAAUUUGAUAUAAAGAGUCACAUUCUUGAAUUAGUGUAAUAAUUAAAGAUAUAUUAAAUUAUUAGUCCUUGGCUGACAGAAUAAAAAUUUAUAGUUUUUAAUGAUAAAAUGAUAAUGCUUUACGAACAAGCAUAAUUAUUAUAGUUUUUUGAUAGUUCUGCUGAUGAAGAUUAGGAAAUGAGUGAUUCAUAAUUAGUAACACAUCUUCUAGAAUGUAAAUUUGAUUCAUUAUCUACAGGAUUACUAAAAUUAUUAUAAGGGUAAAGAUAUUGCUAUAUUAGAGUCCUUAACCAAAAAAAAGAGCCUUUCUCAAACCUGAUUUAAAAUUAAUAUGUUAAACACUCUUAGAAAAUGGCAAUUCAAUAUAUAAUUAUUAUUCAGCUGGAGAAAUCGAAAGUAAAUACCUUAAAUUAUAGAACUAAAAAAUUAAUUUUAUAAUAUUGAAUGAUCUAUCCAUAUAUGAGAAUUAUCUAGUUCUUCAUAUUGAAUAAUAAUUAGAACGUAAAAAUUAAUUUAGUAAAUCUCUACAUACCAUUAGUGUUCAUUAAAAUCAUUCAAGUGCUAAUAAUUCUAAAACUACAGAUAAUAAUACUAUAUCUAGUGCUUUACUAUAUAACAUAUUUUAAUCUGUUUCACAUGAAUUUGGAACAUAUUUAAAUUGUAUUAUGACUGUAAGCAGAGAAGCUUUAAACAAUCCCAAUAUUAAGAAAGAAAUUAAAGAAGUAUUUUUUGAUCCAAUUUAAAUUAACUCAUAGUUAUUAAAUUAUAUUCUUCGUAACAUAAGAGAUUAUAAUUCUAUCCUAUUGCAACAAUUUACAUUAAAACUUUAAGAAUUUAGUCCAUAUCAGACUAUUAUGGAAAUUAUUGAUCUCAUGGAUAAAUAAUUAAAUUUCAGAUCAAAUACAGUAAAACUUGAUUGUCCUAUUGAUUUAAAGGUAUAUAAUGAUGCCGAGAGAUAUAAACAAAUAAUUUAUUAAUUGCUUUCAAAUUCUGCUAGAUUCACUUCUGAAGGUAUCAUUUCAAUUGAAGUUAUCAUGAAUUAAGAUAAAUUAAAAACAAAAAUUACAGAUACUGGAAUUGGUAUGAAUAUCUAAGAAUCUUAAAAACUUACUGAAAUGUUAAAAGACAAUAAAAAAAUGUUAAGAGUUUCUUAGAAUUCAGUUGGUUGUGGAUUAGGAUUAAGUAUUUCAAAUGCAAUUGUAUAGAAGAUGCACGGAAAAAAAGGAUUAGAAUUUAAGUCAACAUAAAAUAAAGGAACUGAAUUCUAAUUUUCAAUAAGAAAUUCAUAAUAAUUGUAUAAUGAAAGUGCAUAUCAAAAUAGUUAAACAUAUUUAAAGAUUGUCAAUUAAACUUACUAUGUUGAAUAGUAACCUUCAGAAGCUAGUAUUAAAUAAAUGUUAGCAUCUAAAUAUGAAGCUAGUUUACAUAGUUAAAGUAAUAGUGGUAAUAGAGGAUAAUAAAAUAUUAAGAGCUUUUCAAUGAGGAAACAUUCAGGAGAAACAUAAUAAUAGUUUUUACAUCGAAUUACAGAUAUCAAUUAAAUUAAAGAUAGUGUAGAUGUUGAAUAAAAUGAUGAUGAAGAAGAUGAUGAAAAUGAAAAUGAUCCAAGUUUAUAUAAACAAUCUUUAAUAGUAAUACCUAGUUUAGAAACUAACUUUAAAACCUAAAUUGUAUAAUAUAACAUAAGUUCUAAAUGUUGUAGUAGAGUUUUAAUUGUUGACGAUGAAGUUUUUAAUAUCAUUUCAAUGUAAUUAAUACUCUCAAAAUUCUCAGUUAAAAGUGACAAAGCUUGUAAUGGUAUAGAAGCAAUUCGUAAAUGUGAGGAGAAAAAACUUAAACCCUGCAAAAUUUGUUGUUGCGCUGGAUACGCUGUUAUUUUUUUAGACAUUAACAUGCCCCUUAUGAAUGGAAUUGAUACUGUUAGAAUUAUUAAAAAAAAAAUUAAUGAUGGUUUAAUCCCUCGAGGACUAUGUAUAGCAAAUACUGGAUAUUGUGAUUUUGAAACCAAAAAAUUUGCUAUUGCUCAAGGUAUGGAUUAUUAUUUUACUAAACCCAUUGAUGUCAAAGAAUUAGAAACUUACUUAAGAACUAAAUUUCCACUAACUCUAUGA